AACACGCUCGUGUGAGAGUGGAGUCACUCGUGCGUGUCAAAACUUGAUGACGAGUAAUAAUGAUGGGAGUUGCGGUAAUCGCUUUUCUAUCAUCGAACUGAAUUAUUAACAGUAACAUUGUUGUUGGACAGAUAUCCCACUUAUGAAAUGCACACAAUAGACAAGGUGGUAAACACUUAAUGGUGAUUAGUUCUACGAAAUAGUUGUCGUGGCCGAAUUUGUCUUCAAUCACAUCUUAUUCAACAACCCACAACAAGAUGCCUGAAACCUACAAAGAUGGAGUGCUGCGAACCAGCUCAGGAUCCAAGGGUGCUCUCAAGGAAAAGAUCGUUCAGAUAUAUGAUGCAUUUUUUCAGGGUCAAGAUCCUUCUAAAGGAGUUCCAAAUUUCUGGGAUGAGAUGUUUUUAUUAAAGGCUAAUGUGCAAUAUAUAGAAUCUGAGUUCGGAAAAAUGAAGCCUGAGCAAGUGGUUGCAUUGAAGGAAAACAUUAAUAACCUUUUCUACCACUGUGUUGAGGCACUGAAGGAAGAUUAUCUGUUACGAAUAGUCAAUGCAUUACAGACACUAUGUGCUCUUGUACGUGGGGUGCACAAGAAGCGUUUAGGAGAUCACAGUUUUGAUAUCAUCAAUAUUUUGAUAGGCUUUGAUUCGGCAGAAACACAAAUGCAGGCUCUGAUAAUGCAUCUGAAUGGCUUCCUUACAGGUGAAUACUCUGUAAGCUUGAAGAACCUUACUCUUCGACUUUUAUUGGUUCUGGUCACGGUCACAGACAAUGUCAGUCAGAAUACAAUUCUGGAGUAUUUAAUGAUCAAUAGUGUGUUUGAAUCAAUAUUAAAAAUCCUUGCUGAUCCAGCAUCCAGACAGCAUCAUGGUUUUGACUCUGUACUCUUGCUUACCAUUCUAGUCAACUACAGAAAACAUGAGUCUGCUAAUCCAUAUAUCUUGAAGUUGUCAAUACUAGACAAUGAGCUUGCAUUAACGGGUCUAGGCUGUGUGAUCUCAUCAGCAUUAGCAGAAUUCAACAGGCAGUUUGGGGCAAGGGGUGAAGAUGCUAUAUCUGGAGGGGGAUGGUUCUCAGCUAUUACUAAUAUGGUUGGAAGUAUGUUUGUUGCUGAUUCAGAUGGACUUCAAGCCAUUGGCAAGGAUACCAAUCUUUCUAUAUUAUUAACUCUCUAUGAAGCCGUACACCUCAAUAGGAAUUUCAUCACAGUUUUAUCACAUAAUCAUGCUGAAUUGGAUUCCCGAUCAGAAAAGCCGACAUCAGCCUCUUCACCUGCCGUUCCUGGUCUCCACCCAAUCGACACAGCACAAAUCAAUGAAACUCCAACCAAUAUUCUAGCUACAUUCUUUAGUUAUUGUUCUAUCAUUAUGCAAGACACAAAAGAUAAUGAACGAUUAAACCAUGCUCGACUAUGUCUCACCAUCCUAAAUUGUAUUGCAGAGGACCAGUAUGCAAAUUCAUUCCUGCAUGAUGCUAACUUGACUUUUAAAGUGCACCUUCAUAAAGUGCGUAUGAGACAUCGGAAACCUUUAGCAGAAAGGGAUAUGCCGUCACGGCCAUUGGCGUGUGCUCUUCUUGAUUUAAUGGUGGAGUUUGUAAUGAGUCAUAUGAUGAAGAACUUUCCAGACGAGUUGUAUGUAAAAUGUCUUGGUAUCAUUCAUCGAAUUAUGUGCUAUCAGAAAAAAUGCAGAGUACGUCUGCAUUACUGCUGGAAAGAUCUGUGGACAGCUCUGAUUAGCCUGCUAAAAUACUUGCUAUCCAAUGAACAGACAUUGAUGGCUCAAUUUGAUGUGUUUGAGGUCGCUAUUCAAGUGGUGAACAUCUUUAAUCUGUUCAUCACCUAUGGUGACACGUUCUUGCCUAAUCCAACCAGUUACGAUGACCUGUAUUAUGAAGUCAUAAGAAUGCAUCAAAUCUUUGAUCACUUGUAUUCCAUGGCUCUUCGACAUUCAACCAAUAAUGGUGAAUACAGAGACACAGCAAACAAACUCACAGGAAGCCUAAUAAAUAUAAGAGCAAUCAUCAAUCAUUUUACUCCAAAGAUUGACUCAUGGUCAGCCUCCAAUAACUUAACUACAUUAACUGAAGAACAGGUUUUGAAUGUUGUUCGUGGGAACUAUGAAACUUUGACUUUGAAACUCCAGGACAGUCUGGACCAAUUUGAACGUUACUCCGAGAAGCCAAAAGAAAUUGCUUUCUUUACUCAAAUGGUACGGUCUGUAGUUUGUGACAGUCGUAAAAAUCUAAGCAUCACCAACUUGGAACAGCAACGUCUGCUACAGGAGUUUUCAACCAUUAUGUAAACAUCAGCUCAUAUUAUGUUAAUAUCAGAAUCAAAAUUAGGCAAAAUAAGCCUUCCAAUAAUGUUAAACUGAUUGGGGCACUUUUCACUAAUCAACAUAUUUUAAUUUUUAAACUCACUUUGAUGUGUAAUAUUAUUCUUUAUUAUUUUUAUUGUAGUUCUGUUUAUUCAAAAUAAAUCCAAGUACACUUACUCCUGAAUGUUUUUGUACAUGAUAUGAACUGGUGAAAUAUUGAUGAAUCAGUGCUACGUUGUGUGUAUUAAUAUUUAAUUAAUUUAUUAGCAUAGCGAGGUGAUUGCAUUGUAGAGAAAAAUAUUGACUUCACAAGCAUUUUCUAUGUAAAUCUUCUAAUUUAUAUUAAUAGGAUUGAAAAAAGUGUGGCUGCUACCUAGCUCUGGCCAAAUAUGCCUGGUUCUUGAUAAGUACAGGCUAACUCGUGCCCAUAGUUAUUAGCCUGUACCCAAGUUUUGUGUAAGAUCUACUUUUGCAUUUCAAACAUUAUGAAGAGAGCAUUAUCUAUUUUGAUAUUAAUCAAGGUACAACUACAUGACUUACUAAUUAGAAGAUUUUGAUAGGGCAUAAAUGAAAUUUAUAAAUUCAUGAUCAUCAAGGCACUAUUACAGUAGUAGUGAGUCAGAGCCAUAGAUGUGCACUCAAGUUUAGUGCAGUGAAAAUUUAAAAGUAUUAUUAAAAAAAAUUCCUUUUGGUAGACAAUUGUAAUACAAUAUGUAAUAAGUAUUUAAUAUUAGAUUUUAUUUUAUUAUUACGCCAAAUUGGGUAUGAGUAAGUACAGGUUAGCCAACACGCCUGCCAACGCAACAAACUACAGUAUAUCCAAAGUAUCUUUGAUUACAUGCAUUGCAUAUCAUCGUUGUUGAUAUCAAAAUAACAAAUAAAUAAGUAUCAGAUAUUA